ACUUCCUCCGGUGCGUCCUCACCACCACCUCCUUCUCAUAGGUCACAGCUGUCCUCCUGGAGGUGUCCCACAGGUGGAAAGUCCAGCAGCCCGGCAGGAUUUAGAUUUAUCUCAAAAUGGAAGGAUUCAGUUGGGAGAAUUACAACUUGGACGAUAUCUUAGAUGAAUUAUAUAGUAAUUACAGUUAUGGCACUGGCCUGCCCUCUAUCCUACCAGAUUCUGCCCCGUGCCGGACAGAAUCCCUGGAAAUCAACAAUUAUGUUGUGGUCGUCAUCUACAUUCUGGUGUUCCUGCUGAGCUUGCUGGGAAACUCCCUGGUGAUGCUGGUCGUCUUAUACAGUCGGAGCACCUGCUCUGUCACCGAUGUCUACCUGCUGAACCUGGCCAUGGCCGAUCUGCUCUUUGCCCUGACCUUGCCUAUCUGGGCAGCCUCCAAAGUGAAGGGCUGGAUUUUUGGCACAGGCCUGUGCAAGGUGGUCUCAUUCCUGAAGGAAGUCAACUUCUACAGUGGUAUCCUGCUACUGGCCUGCAUCAGCUUGGACCGCUACCUGGCCAUCGUCCACGCCACACGCACACUGAUCCAGAAACGGCACUUGGUCAAGUUUGUAUGCUUAAGCAUGUGGAUACUGUCUAUGAUUCUAUCCCUGCCUAUUUUAAUUUUCCGUAAGGCUGUCUACCCACCCAAUUUCAGCCCAGUGUGCUACGAAGACAUGGGUAACAGUACAACAACAUGGCGGAUGGUGUUGCGGAUCCUGCCCCAGACCUUUGGCUUUGUCAUACCACUGCUGGUCAUGCUGUUCUGCUAUGGCUUCACCCUGCGCACCCUGUUUAAGGCCCACAUGGGGCAGAAGCACCGGGCCAUGAGGGUCAUCUUUGCUGUUGUGCUGGUCUUCCUGCUCUGCUGGCUGCCUUACAACCUGGUCUUGGUUGCAGACACCCUCAUGAGGACCCACUUAAUAAAGGAGACCUGUGAGCGCCGCAAAGACAUUGAUCAGGCCCUGGAUGCCACGGAGAUUUUGGGUUUCCUCCACAGCUGCCUCAACCCCCUCAUCUAUGCCUUCAUUGGCCAAAAGUUUCGCCACGGACUCCUUAGGAUCAUGGCUACCCAUGGCCUGGUCAGCAAGAAGUUCUUGGCCAAGGAAGGCAAACCUUCCUUUGUUGGCUCUUCUUCAGGGAACACUUCCACCACCCUCUAAGACUGCCUGCCUAAGUUGCAAUCCUGGGGGGUCCCACCGUUCCCUUCAGUGUGACAGAUAUCUAAGCUGCAUGUGGUGGUAUCCACAUCAGUGCGUAGCCCCUCCGUUGUGGUGACAGGAAGAGCAUGGCUUAGAAAUCCUGUCCUGGUAUUUCACUCCUCUCCAUAAUUAUAUGCUAACUGUUAGAGCUGAUCCAUCCUACAGCUGGACCCAACACACUGUCUUCUAAGAAGCACAAGUCAAAACUGCAGUGAGAUACUACACAGCACCCAUUUAGGAUGUCCAUUAUCAAGGAAAAAAGCACAAGACAAAUUAGCAAGUGUCAGCGAGGAUAUAGAGGAACUGGAAGUUUCAUGCACGGCUGGUGAGAAUAUAAGAUGGCACACCACUCUGGAAAGCAGCCUGGCAAUUUUCCAUAAAACAUUAAACAUAAAAUUACCACAUGAUCCAGAAAUUCCCUUUCUAGGUAUGUACCCAAAAGAAUCAAAAGCAGAGGCUUGAACAGAUAUUUGUGCACUGAUGUUCACAGCAGCAUUAUUCACAAGAGUCAAAAAGUGGAAAUAACCCCAAGGCUCAUCAACAAAUGAAUGGAUCAACACAAUGUGAAACAUACAUACCAUGGAAUAUCACUUGGUAAUUAAAAUAAAUGGCGGACUCAUACAUGUUCCAGCGUGGAUAAGCCUUGAAAACGUUAUGCUAAGGGAAAUAA